AUGCCGACCAAAACUCGUCCGGUCGAGAAGUUCGCCAAGGCCACGGCCCAGUGCUCAGUAGAGGCUGCGGCAUACGGCAAGUGUGUUGUCACAGACUACAAUUCGAUUCAUAAGGAUAUGUGUGCCAAGGAGUUUCUGCGGUUGAAGGACUGUUUCCUAGCCGCAUCCAAGAAGGGCUAG